AUGUACAUAGUUGGAAAUUAGAAAUGCUGAUUGUAUCUGUGUCCAACACUUUUGAACCAGUAAAAUUUUAUCCAUGAGAGUACACGUGUCAUAAAUUGAUUGACCUGAAAAGUAUCGAGGAAAUCUUCUCUCUAAUCCAUAUGCAUAUCAAAGUGAUGCCCAGAUGAUUUUGCAUGCUCCUCAAAUUCAUUCUGUCAUCAGACAAAUUAUAAAAAAAUAAAAAGAGAAAAAUAAAAAGAAAUGGCGAGCAACAGUUUAGCAGGCUCUUCAUCGGUGGUUGGUCUGGGAACUUCCACUCUGUCUCGCUCUUGUGUCAGAUCAUCAGCAAUUAACUUGACUUCAGGCUUCUUGAAGUCAAAGGUAGCAGCAAGGAACCCUUUGAGUUUGAGCUUAGCUUGUGCUUCAGGAGGAAGAUUUACAUGCUUUGAAAGAAAUUGGCUUAGGACAGACUACAAUGUGAUCGGGUUCGGGUUGAUUGGGUGGAUAGCUCCAUCAAGUAUACCAGCCAUCAAUGGGAACAGUUUAACAGGUCUUUUCUUCUCAAGCAUUGGAGAAGAGUUAUCUCACUUCCCCAGUCCUCCUGCCCUUACUUCUCAGUUCUGGUUGUGGAUGGUAUUGUGGCAUCUGGGCCUAUUCUUGUGCCUUACGUUUGGGCAGAUUGGCUUCAAGGGCAGGACUGAAGAUUACUUUGAAAAAUGAUUUUUAUCUCCAACUCUGUCAUUCAUAACUUUAAAUAUUAUUAUUAUUAUGUGUUUGUAAAGGAUGGGACUUGCAUCUACUACAAUCAUACUAUCACUAUCUACUGUCAAAUUUAUCACUGCUUUCUCUUUUGCUUAA